AUCUUUUCCUUUCUUUUAAUCUUAAAUUCCCUAAAACAGUUUUUUUUUUUUUGAGUGGGUACACACAUUUGUCGCAUAUUCUUUGUCUUACUGGCAGCGUAUUUCUUACUUUUAUACAAGCUUAAACAAUAAUAAACAAUAUUCUAUGCCUUUAAAGCUUAACUUCGCUUGCAUUUAGCAAAAAACAUUGCUCCCGCAUAACGGGAUAUUGUUUGUCGCACUCCAAUCACUGUCGCUAAUUAGUCUGGCUCGCUGCGCCGCUGCGCAUGCACACCUGUAUUUAUUAUUCGUACGAAAGUAGGUCAAGUUUACGUCAUAGUGACCUAUUUAUUUAGUUUCCCUUUAUAAUAUUUUUCAUAGUUAAUCGCUAACUAUUUAUCGUCUUUCGCUAUGACGGACGACAAGUUAACCAAGUUAAAACAAAAACGGGGGUGUAUAAAAACUAAAGUGACUAUUUUUAGUAAAUAUUUAAAGCAACUUGUGUCCGGCGGUCAGCCUAGCAAAUUACAAUUGUUAGACUUAGAAGGCCGUUUUAAAAAAUUCGAUGCCUUAUAUGCCCACUUCGAUAAUUUACAGUGCGAGAUCGAGAUGCUUUCGGACGACCCCUCCGUUUCCGAGUUGGAGCGCGAGGAGUUCGAAGCCGGGUACCACCCGCUGGUAGCCGAGGCGCGGCGCCUGCUGGGUGCACAGCCCCAGGAUACUUCCGUGAUACAGCUCGAAGAUGCACAGGGGGAAGCCCAAAAGCAUCACGUCCGACAAUGGGACAAACUUCGUCGGCACUUCCAACGAGCUGGCUCAAUUUCUGGUUCAGUCCGACCUUGAAGGUCACAUGGCUCAGGAAGGCAUUGAAUUUAAAUUUGUGCCUGCCUAUACACCUCAUUUCAACGGACUCGCCGAAAGAGCCGUGCGCUCUACAAAGCAUCAUCUUAAGCGGUUACUGCAAACCACUCAUCUUACUUAUGAGGAAAUGGCGACUUUACUCACUCAAAUAGAAGCUGUUUUAAAUUCUCGCCCUCUCAUUCCCUUUUCCACUGAUCCUACAGAUUUUUCCGCUCUAACCCCUGCUCACUUCUUAAUUGGACGCUCGCUUAUGACUGUUCCGCAACCACAGGUGCCUGAUGUCAGCAUCACCCGCCUGGAGCGAUAUAGGAGGAUUGAGCUUUUGAAGCAGCACUUUUGGAGGCGCUUCUGUAAUGAAUAUGUAACUCUUUUGCAACAAAAGCUUAAGUGGCAUUCUUCAAAAUCCGAGUUGAAACUUGGUUCUCUCGUCCUCGUGAAGGAGAAAGCUCUCCCGCCAUUGCUUUGGUGCUUGGGACGCGUCAUUCAGCUUUAUCCUGGCAGCGACGGCACCGCUAGAGUCGCUGAACUGAAGACAAGGAGAGGCACCAUUCGAAGGGCAUUUAAUAACAUCUGUCCCCUUCCAGAUUUUUGAAGUCUUUCAACACCUUCAGUACUUCAACCCGGGGAGCAUGUUGAGACAUGGCAAGACUCGCUGCGACGCGGCGCC